AUGAACCUUUCGGACUCAUUGUCAGGCAUGCAUUUAGAAACCAGCUCUCUCAAAUCCCCUCAUUUGGAAAGCAACAAACUAAUAUGUGCCUCUGAGGCGUCUUUGGGACUACGCCGAAAUGAACAGGCUAUACAGCGCAGUUCACUCCCCGGACCGUCUGAACCAGUCAAUUCAUGGGCAUCUUCCUCGAAAUCGUCUCAACCUGGCCUGAAUUCUCAAAUUGGAUUAUGUUUACAUGACUUUUCAUGCUUGGUAGAAGUUAUCCCUUGUGAUUCGUCAUUUGAUCCAUUUUGUCCAAAUUCGUCUCCUGAUGACGAAAAGAGCGAGUCUCGAGUAUCACAGCCAAAACUUCCAUCACUGAUGACUCAUUCUGAACAUCUUGCGACUUAUGACUGUGCUUCACCAGACCUCGAAGUAAGCGCUUUCAGUCGGUCUCAUGAGUCGCCCGGACCAGCAGGAAUAGAUUCUCACCACACUCUAGUCAGUCAUGUCUCAUUUUCCUCACCAUAUGCCAGUUAUGCUGAGGUGCAGAGCGGCCCACAGACAGAUCCCUCUUCUGUUCCUUCUGAUGACCAGACUUUUCUCUCCGUGUCAUCAACCAGUCAACCAUCUUGGCUAGAGUCUUCACGCCUUAUCUGCAAGGCGUCUUCUUCCAAUCAAAACGAUCCUCAAUUCAGUUCCGACUCUGUCGCCAGGUCCAAGAGCUCGGCCUCCUCAGAUAGUCCUUCUGCAAUACAGAAGAACCUUGUGGUCAGUCCUCUCGUAAUUCAUGCUUCAUACAUGUCGUGUACGCAGAUCACUUAA